GAUGUAAAUUUUACAGUUCUAAUAUUGAGGGGCAGUCGAAAUUAUGGAGAUCUUUAAGCGUUUAUAUUUCCUUUUAGUGCUUUUUUUAAACUAUAAAUAUAGUUUGGGUUAUUUGGAGUAUGAUAAUUGGGUAAACAUUGAAUUAAGUCAUGCGAUUGACCCUAAAAGUCCCAACAGUUUUACUUAUCGAGGAAAUGUUACAAUCGCAAGUCUGGAUAUUGGACUGGCGAAAUCGAACCAGGAGGCUCUAACUGGUAUUCAAAUACAAAAUCUUCAGUCUUUGGCAAGAAUGGAUAAGUUGUACAGGUUGAAAGCAGAGGUGUCCUAUGCCGACGGAAAAAAGCAAGAAUUUUUAAGCUCAACCAAAGCGUGCAAUCUUGUUAUGUCCAACCUAAACGAUAUUCUGUGGAUUUCAAUAGAUCCCAAUGGAUAUAUAAAUGCUGCAACGGUUUUGACAUCCAGAUCUGAUAUUUGCUUUUGUGAGAAUAUAUCUGUAUCUGGCUUGGAAGACUUUAAUACGGAUGUUCUUAUUCGACACACCGAAACGGCACCUGUUCCAGAUACUACGAGCUUUAUUCAAAAAUUAGAAAGAGAAAGAGAAGCAAGAGAACGUGGGGAUGUUCGAGAUAACCGCGGAUUUUUCUCAAAAUAUUGGAUGUAUAUUGUACCUGUUGUUCUGCUGGUAUUUAUAUCUGGUGCGACUAAUCAAGAUAAUUCCAAAUAAAAUCUUAUUAAAUUGUAAACAUACCAAUGCUUACUUAAAAAUAAAUUACAUAUUUAUUC